AUGUCUUUUCUUGGGGGCGCCGAGUGCUCAACAGCGGGAAACCCCCUCAGCCAGUUCACGAAGCACGUUCAAGACGACAAGAGUUUGCAGCAUGACCGGCUCGUCGGCCGAGGACCCAAUGCUGCUGCCAGUGGCUUCAGGAGCGCGGCUCAUAAUGCUCCUCAGGAUGAGAUGAUGAACGGCUUCCUUCACCAGUCAGCGGGCCUCCCCGAGAUGCCCCUCGAACAGCAUGGCCCCAUGGGCCAGGUGCAUAUCGACCAGGGACGUGGCGUCCACCUCCGGGCCCAAUCCGGCUCGCCCAUGUCCGCGGGCUGGGCUCCUCCCGACACCCAAGCCGCCAUGGAAGCCGCUUUCAAUGUGCCGCCGGGAACACAUUUCAGCCCGGAUGAGUUUGCCAAGUUCCAACAAAUGAGCGCCUCAUCGACCGCCGCCCAUGCCAGCCCAAUGGCCGGAGCCAGCAGCGGCAUGAUGGCGCAGCCGCAGCGGCCGAUGAUGAUGGGUGGCAUGAGCUACAACAACAUGAUGUCUCGUCCCAUGUUCCAGCCCAUGUACGGCCCGCAAAUGCAGAUGGCGCACCAGCAACCACAACAACAAGAGGCCGAAGGCAAGGGCAAGGGCAAGGUGGUAGAGCUGGAUGAGACUAAAUGGGAGGAACAAUUUCAGCGGAUGGAGCUGCAUGACCAGCAGCUGCGUGAGGAGAAGGACGAAGCUCUGGCCAUGGAGCCUGAGCUGGACAAGAUGGACGAGAGGCUGUUGCACUCCGAGACAGGCUACGGCGACCUCGAGUCGAUAUGGCGUGGCAUCCAGGCCGAGCAGGAAGCAAUGAAGGAUCUCGACGACGUUGAGGAAGACUUCGCCAAAUUCGAUAGCUCCUAUUUUGGCAACGAUAACCUCAACGACUGGGGGCUCAGCAACCGCAUGGGCGCCGACCCCAUCAUCCAAGACUAUCUCUUCGAGGAGGAGAACCUCUUCCAAGGGCAACCCAGCCCCUUUGACCAGGGUGUGCGCAUCAUGAACGAAGGCGGCAACCUCUCCCUCGCCGCGCUCGCCUUCGAGGCAGCAGUGCAAAAGGACCCGAACCACGUCGAAGCCUGGGUUUACCUCGGCAGCGCGCAGGCCCAAAAUGAGAAGGAAGAGGCCGCCAUCCGCGCGCUCGAGCAGGCUCUCAAGCUCGACCCCAACAACCUCCCCGCCCUCAUGGCGCUCGCCGUGUCGUAUACCAACGAAGGCUACGACAGCACCGCCUACCGCACGCUCGAGCGUUGGCUCUCGGUCAAAUACCCCGCCAUCAUCGCCCCUACCGAGCUUUCCUCCGCCGCAGAAAUGGGUUUCACCGACCGCGCCCAGCUCCAACAGCGCAUCACCCAGCUCUUCCUAGCAGCGGCGCGCCUGGCACCGGACGGCGACCACAUGGACCCGGACGUACAGGUCGGGUUGGGCGUGCUAUUCUACGGCGCCGAGCAAUACGACAAGGCGGUUGACUGCUUCCAGGCGGCGCUGCACAGCUCCGAGCUCGGCACCUCCAACCAGCAGGAGCAGGUGCACCUACUGUGGAACCGCCUCGGCGCCACGCUCGCUAACUCGGGCCGCUCCGAGGAGGCCAUCGCCGCCUAUGAGAAGGCGCUCGCCAUUCACCCCAACUUUGUGCGCGCACGCUACAACCUCGGCGUGUCAUGCAUUAACAUAGGCUGUCACGCCGAGGCCGCCGGCCACCUGCUCGCGUCGCUGGAUAUGCACAAAUCGGUUGAGACCAGCGGCCGCGAGACGGUCCGCGAGUUGCUCGGCGGGGACGGCCCCGGCGCCGACGCCCGCAUCGAGGCCAUGACCACCCAGAACCGCAGCACCACCCUCUACGACACCCUACGCAGGGUUUUCACGCAGAUGGGGCGGCGGGACCUGGCGGAGAAGGUCGUGGUGGGCGUCGACCCGACCGUGUUCAGGGGGGAGUUUGAUUUUUGA